ACAUGGUUUCGUUCAGUUUUCUUGAUAACUAAGCUCCUAAAUAUUACACAUGAGAACUGUUUAAACAAAAUCAAGUGAUGGUAGCUUCAUUUUUUUGCUAGAGGCAUUAAUUAUCUCUUAGUCCACUUUAAUUAUUUUAAUACUCAGUUUGAGAUCUCUAAUGAACAUGCAAAUGGUGUUACAUCAAAGAAGAGUCUAUUGCGGAAUCUUCAUAUAAUUAAUAAUUUGAUUGGACACGAUGAAUCUUCGUUCUCCUCCUUCAACGUUUCCUAGAAAAAAUAAAGAAGCCGACUCUCAUAUAUCACUUUCAUCUCUCCCUCUCCAUCUUACAAUUUAAUAAUCGCGUGCACUUAAAUGCUCUAACCUCUAACGCCCAUUUCGUUUAUCACUUCAUUUCCAUAUCAUAUACAAUCCAAAAUCUUAAUUUAAUAUCUUAAAGAUACGUGUAGGGCACUAGGGAUGGGCAGCAAAUGGUUUUGGCUCCGUGGGGGAGUUUCAAGAACUUGUCUCCUACGUCACCUAGACUGACCUAGCACCUUCCUUCACUUUUUAGUAUUUUUCAUCACUACUCAAGUUCCAAAACCCUUAAUUUUUUAAUUUCAUAUGAAUUCGUGUACUUAAAAGUUAAAAACCAGUGUUUUGAAAACCAAACAAACCAGUUUAUUACUCCUAUAAAACAUUGCUUAAUACCACAAAAUAAAACUGGUGAACACAAAACAAUCAAACACUACGUACGUGCAAAUGAUUAAUAAACUACUUUUAGGGUUGUUACAAAAAAAAAAAAAAAAACUACUUUUAGGGAUAGGGUUGGUGGACUCACGGGUACCACUAAUCUAUAUAGAUAAAAAUGAUUUCAACUCUACACCUUUAAUGUUACAAUUAAUGUAAUUUUUUUCUUUUUUUUUAAGCAACUAGUUGCUUUUACACGGUGUUCUGUAAAGAGUGCUUUAAAAGCAACAAGAAGGAGCCAGCGACAAACCAAUGUACUGUAUCUGAAGUGUCUUCUGAGUUCUCACUAACUUUCUGUCAGUUUAUAUAAAUAAUUAGCGAUAAAGAUGAGUUACUUAGGAGUUGGAGUCAGUCCCGGGAACGUCGCUGGAGCCCCAAUGAAGUUGAACGAUCGGAAAGUGAGACUCACGGAGCUGAUUCUGAGGUGUUUGGUGUGUGCCCUCGCUCUCAUCUCCGCCAUUCUCGUUGCUACAGACACACAAGUCAAAGAGGUUUUCACCAUCCAGAAGAAGGCCAAGUACACCGACAUGAAGGCUCUUGUGUUAUUGGUGGUCGUCAAUGGCAUAGCCGCGGCUUAUUCCUUGGUGCAUGGGGUUCGUUGCGUGGUGGGUAUGAUGAAAGGAAGCGUUUUGUUCAGUAAGCCCCUGGCUUGGGCCAUUUUCUCCGGUGACCAGGCGGUAGCGUACUUGACUGUGGCUAGCGUUGGAGCAGCGGCGCAGUCUGCAGCCUUUGCGAAGCUGGGUGAGCCAGAGCUUCAAUGGAUGAAGAUAUGCACAAUGUAUGGGAAGUUCUGUAACCAAGUGGGUGAAGGAAUUGCGACCGCCUUGCUUGCUAGUAUUGGUAUGGUUAUGAUCUCUUGCAUCUCAGCUUUUGGUCUCUUUCGUCUGUAUGGGGGAAACAAAGCCAGGCAAAGCUCACUGUGGUGAAGGCCAUGGUUCAUACUGGUCUUGGAUUAAUCUUGCUUGUGUUGAAUAAUUGUGGUGUGCUUUUUACUCACUCUCUCUGUCUUUCAAUGUGUAUACCGUCUGUUAUACUUUCACGAUCUCAUUUGCACAAUAAUAAUAGUCCAGAUUGUUGUUUGAUCACGA